AUGCAGAAUCAAGAUUCAGGCGCUCCGCGGAAGCGAGCUCUCCAAGCAUGCGACUUUUGUCACUCCCGAGGGUUGAAGUGCCGUCGGUUAUCAGCCGACCCACAAACCCAAGAUAUCUCCAACGUCUGCCUGACCUGCAUUGACUAUAACGUCCAAUGCACGAUGAACCGUCCUGUCAAACGACGUGGUAGGAAACCCACUGUCCCAAGUGGAGAGAGUGGAGAGACAGGUCCCGGGGUACAGGCAGAUCCUCAAGCGUCUAGCUUCAAGUCGCCCGAUUGCAUACAUCGACUCAUAGAGAUCUACCGGGAUACCAUGUACCAGUGCUAUUUCCCAUUUCUGUCCGAAAACGACCUCGAAGUACGAUGGGCAAACAGCAUACCUCGUGAAAAUGAAGUAUCGUACAUGCUCCUCAUGGCGCUAUGCGCUGUUAGUGCUCAGAGUUUGACCCUCAAAGCCGUUUUCGAUAGCGAGCUAUUGGGUGACGUGAACGUUCAUGACAGUGAGACAUACUUCACCGAAGCUGUAUCUCACGUACCCACACGCGUGCCUGAUUCAAAUGACCUAGACUACUUCAGGACAUUUGGCUUGUUGGCUGUUUACUCGCUAAAGAGUGGAAACAAAAGCGAUCUUCACCGGUAUCUCGGACUAUGUCAUGCUCUCAUCGCCCAGAAUGGCUUGCAAAAUGAAAGCUAUUGGGAUUGCUCCAUUUCACUGGCCGAAGUAGAUGAUAGACGACGCCUGUUUUGGUGUGUCUACCGUCUCGAAGUACACUCGGCGUGUGUACUGGGCCACAUUAUCCGUUUGCCGGAAGCUCAAAUCUCAGUACAAUAUCCUCGCAUCACUCCGAUCAUGACGCGCGAGACACAGGUAUGGACAGCUGGGUGGGAUUAUAUCACGGAUUUGUUCCGCUUAAUGGAAUACACCAUCCUCAAUCUACGUCAACAAAAUCACGCCAAGGCUGUCUUUACCGCUCUUCGCGAUCGUCCCAGCCCAGAGGCUUUGCUCGAGAGUCUGAAGCACCUCAAGGCUAACAAACCUUUCAUACUUCGUGUUCUCUCGCAGCCACAUGAUGAGCUACAGAGUAAUCGCUGUAAGUACAUGGCGGUCCAAAUCACCUGCACCGAAGCACUCGUCAAUAUUAUGGCCUUGCUCUAUUGUCACGCGCCAGUCAGCGACGUGAUCAAGGUCGCAGAAGACUUUCUCAACGAAAUAUCGGAGGCAUCUCUGAUAAUGUUCAAGGUGGCGAGUAGCCAGAUUAUUCAACAGCUUUUAGGUGUAGGAUACAUGGUCUACAAUGCCUUUCUGUACGACGAGCAUCAGUGCCAAUUUGCUGUGGGCCGGUUGGUGUCGUAUUUAGAGGAUAUUAUCAAGAAUCUGGAACAAGAUAUUCCGACAGCUGCUGCUGCAAGAGGGGAGUUACAGAAAAUAGCAAGGUGUAUUAUUUAA